AUGCCGGUGUGGUGCUGCCGCUGCUCGCUGGCCGGUCAUUUCAGGAACUAUAGUGACUCUGAAACCAAAGGAGAGAUUUUUAAUUCCUUAGUGCAAUAUUUUGGUGAUAGUUUGCGACGAAAAGUUAAAGCGAUGCCAUUAGUUGAAGAAACUUCUUUACUUGAAGAUUCAUCUGUGACUUUGCCUGUGGUAGUAAUAGGAAAUGGACCAUCAGGGAUUUGCCUUUCCUAUAUGUUAUCAGGCUACAGACCAUAUUUAUCAUCAGAAGCAAUACAUCCAAAUACAGUCUUACUUAGUAAAUUAGAAGAAGCAAGACAUCUUUCCAUUGUUGAUCAGGACUUAGAAUACUUGUCUGAAGGCCUUGAGGGCCGAUCAUCUAAUCCAGUUGCAGUACUUUUUGAUACACUUCUUCAUCCAGAUGCUGACUUUGGUUAUGAUUAUCCAUCUGUUUUGCAUUGGAAAUUAGAACAACAUCACUAUAUCCCUCACUUAGUUCUUGGUAAAGGUCCUCCUGGUGGAGCUUGGCAUAAUAUGGAAGGCUCCAUGUUGACAAUCAGCUUUGGAAAUUGGAUGGAGCUACCUGGACUUAAAUUUAAGGAUUGGGUAUCUAGCAAACGAAGGAACCUAAAAGGGGACCGAGUUAUGCCGGAGGAGAUCGCUCGCUACUACAAACAUUAUGUAAAAGUCAUGGGUCUGCAGAAGAACUUCAGAGAGAAUACAUAUAUAACCUCUGUGUCAAGACUUUACAGAGAUCAAGAUGAUAAUGAUGGCCAAGACAGAGAUCUUUCAACAAAGCAUUUGCAGAUAGACAAGUCAAAAUUUAUCAAGAGGAACUGGGAAGUUAGGGGUUAUCAGCGAAUAGCUGAUGGCUCUCAUGUUCCCUUCUGUCUCUUUGCUGAGAGUGUAGUUUUGGCAACUGGAACACUGGAUUCUCCUGCCCAUCUGGAAAUUGAAGGGGAAGAUUUUCCUUUUGUGUUUCAUUCAGUGCCUGAAUUUGGAGCUGCUGUAAGCAAAGGAAAGUUGCGUGGCAAAGUGGAUCCAGUGUUAAUUGUAGGUUCGGGGCUUACUGCAGCUGAUGCAGUACUGUGUGCCUACAACAAUAAUAUCCCUGUGAUCCAUGCAUUUCGCAGACGAGUAACUGAUCCAAGCUUAAUUUUCAAACAGCUUCCCAAAAAGCUUUAUCCUGAAUAUCACAAAGUCUAUCAUCUGAUGUGUACUCAGUUAUAUUCCAUAGACUCGAAUUUAUCUGAUUAUACCAGUUUCCCUGAGCACCAUGUGCUUUCUUUUAAGUCGGACAUGAAAUGCAUUCUUCAGAGCGUCUCUGGAUUGAGGAAAAUAUUUAAGCUCUCUGCAGCAGUAGUAUUGAUAGGUUCUCAUCCUAAUCUGUCUUUUCUGAAGGAACAGGGGUGUUACCUAGGCCACAAUGCAAGCCAGCCAAUUACAUGUAAGGGUAAUCCUGUAGAAAUAGAUGCAUAUACCUAUGAGUGUGUUAAAGAAGCCAAUCUUUUUGCACUGGGUCCUUUGGUUGGGGACAAUUUUGUUCGAUUUUUAAAGGGAGGGGCACUGGGUGUUACACGCUGUUUAGCUACAAGACAGAAGAAAAAGCAGCAUUUAUUUGUUGAAAGAGGAGGAGGAGAUGGGUUAGCUUAA